GAGAGAAAAAUGAGUGCUAUGGCGUGUACGAUUUUCAAUGAGCUUCGCUUGGAGGGAAAACUCUGUGACGUGGUGAUCAGGGUGGACAACGUCGACUUCAACGCCCACAAAAACAUCCUCUGCUGCUGUAGCCCCUACUUCCAGGUCCUUUUCACCAGUGGCUGGAGCACGUCGGAGAAGCUCAUUUACAGCAUUCCCGGUGUGUCUCCUGACAUGAUGCGUCUCAUCAUCGAGUACGCCUACACGCGCUCCAUCUCCGUCACCGAGGACAACGUACAGGAACUCCUGGUCGCCGCUGACCAGUUCUCCGUCAUGGGCAUCGUGCGUAUCUGCUGUGAGUUCCUGGAGGCCCAGCUCUGCCUGGAAAACUGUAUCGGCAUCUGGAAGUUCGCCGACUUCUACUCUUGCACGGAGCUGUGCCACAAGGCCUUUAAGUACAUCCUGCAGCACUUUGAGGAGAUGGUGAGAGCGUCUGAGGAGUUCCUGGAGCUGUCUGUCCCUCAGCUGUGUGAGAUCAUCGGGAGGGACGACCUGAACGUCAAACUGGAGGACGUGGUGUUUGAGGCCAUUCUUCUCUGGAUCGGACACAAGCCCCAGGAACGUAAGGCUCACAUCUCCACCCUGCUGCCCAAGGUGCGUAUGGGCCUGCUGGCGGCUGAUUACUUUAUGAACCGUGUGAAGAACAAUGAGCUGAUAAAGGACAAUGAGGAGUGCAGGCCCAUCAUCGUGGACACACUCAAGGCCAUGUACGACCUGAACAUGAGUGGCUCCGCCCACUCGGACUUCAUGAACCCUCUGACCCGCCCACGCCUGCCCUACGCCAUUCUAUUCGCCAUCGGCGGCUGGAGUGGCGGGAGUCCCACCAAUGUGAUCGAGGCGUACGACGUGAGGGCGGACUGCUGGGUCAAAGUGUCGCAGGACGAGGAGAGCCCGCGAGCCUAUCACGGCGCGGCAUACCUGGGCGGGUUCGUGUACUGCGUGGGGGGCUUUGACGGCGUGGAGUACUUCAACAGCGUGAGAAAGUUCAACCCUGUCACACAGACAUGGCACGAGGUCGCGCCCAUGCAUUCCCGCCGUUGCUACGUGAGCAUCACGGUUCUGAACGGCUGUAUCUAUGCCAUGGGCGGCUUUGAUGGCUACGUGCGACAGAACACGGCUGAACGCUACGAGCCAGAGACCAACCAGUGGACCAUGAUCGCACCCAUGCAUGAGCAAAGGAGUGAUGCUAGUGCUACCACCCUGCACGGCAAAGUGUACAUCUGUGGUGGAUUUAAUGGAAACGAGUGUCUGUUCACGGCCGAGUAUUACAACCCCCAAACCAAUCAGUGGACUUACAUCUCUCCCAUGAGGAGCAGAAGGAGUGGAGUCGGGGUCACUGCUUAUGGGGAACAGGUCUAUGCUGUCGGUGGUUUUGAUGGCAGUAAUCGGCUGAAGCAUGCAGAGGCCUACAACCCCCUGACCAACAGCUGGCGUGCUGUACCUCAAAUGUUCAACCCCCGCAGCAACUUCGGGAUCGAGGUGGUGGAUGACUUGCUGUUUGUAGUUGGGGGCUUUAAUGGCUUCACAACUACCUUUGAUGUGGAGUGUUACAAUGAGGACACUAAUGAAUGGUAUGAUGCCCAUGACAUGAGUAUAUUCCGCAGUGCUCUUAGCUGCUGCGUAGUGCCAGGUCUACCCAACGUCCUUCAGUAUGCCGCCCCCCGAGACCCCCAGGACGGCCUUAAACAGUCCUCCUCAAACAGCAUGCUCUCCUUCUGA